AUGAAGGAGGAGCUGGGCUGCCCCCAACCCCUCGGGGGCAGAACCGGGACCCCACUGGGUGCAGCCAUCGGGGGGCCCUGGCAGCCGCCCCGGCCCCGCUCGCUGCUGCUCCUGCUGCUCCUCCCCACGCUUCAGGUGCGAGGGACUCAUCCCGACUGCUCCGUCGUCCUCCACUUCCAGAAGCAAGAAGCGGAAUGUCUGGAGAGGAUCUGGAGCGAGAGCCAAACCCCAGCUCUCCCUGGGCAGGAAGGCUGCCCGACGGAGUGGGACGGGGUGAGCUGCUGGCCCGCCCUGCCCCUCGGCCAGUCCCGAGCUGUCGCCUGUCCCGACAUCCUGAACGUCUUCAAGAAGUCCGAAGGGUGGAUCCAGAGGAACUGCACCAAGUGGGGCUGGAGCCCCCCCAGCCCCCCCUACCACAGCACCUGCCAGCUGGAGCCCCUCAGCAGCACCAAUGACACCGAGACCAAGAGAGGCCAUUUUGUCACCAUGAAGGUGCUCUACACCUGCGGCUACUCCACGUCGCUGGCAGCGCUGCUCCUGGCCAUCGGCAUCUUCUCCUGCUUCAGGAAGCUGCACUGCACCAGGAAUUCCAUCCACAUCCACUUCUUCACCUCCUUCAUCCUGCGGGGCACCGCUGUGUUCAUCAAGGACAGCGUCCUCUUCUCGGACGAGUCCAUCGACCACUGCACAAUGUCCACGGUGACCUGCAAAGCAGUGAUCGCCUUCUUCCAGUACUCAGUGCUGGCCAACUUCUACUGGCUGCUGGUGGAGGGGCUGUACCUGCAGACGCUGCUGCUGCUCACCUUCACCUGCGACAGGAGCUACACCUGGGGCUACAUCCUCAUCGGCUGGGGUGUCCCCGUGGUCACAGUUGGGGUGUGGGUGUUCACCAGGCUCCAGUACGACAACCAUGGGUGCUGGGAUGACUACUCCAGCCCGUACUGGUGGGUGAUCAAGGCUCCCAUCCUCCUGGCCAUAUUUGUGAACUUCCUCAUCUUCCUCAACGUCACCAGGAUGUUGGCACAGAAGAUCCGGUGCCCAGACCUCAGCAGAACCCACAAGCAGCAGUACAUGAGGUUGACCAAGUCCACGCUGCUCCUCAUCCCCCUCUUUGGGGUGCACUACGUGGUGUUCGCGCUCUUCCCCGAGCACGUGGGUGUGGAUGCCCGGCUCUACUUCGAGCUGGUGCUAGGCUCCUACCAGGGCUUCCUGGUGGCUCUGCUCUACUGUUUCCUCAACGGGGAGGUCCAGGCUGAGAUCAGGAGGAACUGGGGCAAGUGGCAAAGGUCCAUGGAGAGCAACGUCUUCAACCUGGCCACCCAGGACUUCACAGCGUGACCAGGCCAGCACUCCAGGGAAG